AUGAAAAAUGAAGAAUAUAAAAGAUUAAUAUCCUUAUGGGGUGUAGAACAUCAAGAAAUAUUGAUGAGUAAUUCUAUCCUUUUUUUAGGUAGUUCACUAUUAAUAUUAGAAAUAUGUAAAGGUUUAUUUUUGAGCGGUGUAUCUAAUUUGACUAUUAUAGACAAUGAAGUAAUAGAUAAAGAUAAUUUAAGAAAUUAUAAAUUAUAUUAUAAUUCAUGUAAUUUAAAUGAUUAUAAAUGUAAAGUGAUAGAAGAAUAUUUAAUAAGAACAAAUAGAAAUAUUAAUAUUAAUAUUAAUUCUAUAAUAGCAAACCCAAUGGAAUAUUUUAAUAAUAUUUUUUUAAAAGAAAGAAAAAAAGUUGAGAAAUAUAAAUGUAAUGAUAAAAUAAAAACACAUAUAGAUAUUGUUAUAUGUAAUUUGAAUGUUAAAGAUAAUAUAUAUAUAGAAAAAUUAUGUAAUAAGCAUAAUAUAAAUGUUAUAACAUGUAAUUACACUAAUAUGAUAGGUUAUUUAAAUAUAUGUUUAAAAGAAAAUAAUCACUUUUAUAUUCAUAAUAAUAAUAAUUAUUAUUAUAAUAGUUUUUUUUUUUAUCAUUAUAUAGCCUUAUCAUUAUUCAACAUACCAGAAAUAAAUGAAUAUGUAAAAAAGAUAGAAUAUACCUCUUUCAAACAUAACCAUGUAACAAAUAAAAUUCUUUUCCUCAUUAAAUGUUAUAAGGAUAUAUAUAAUAUAGAACAAGAAAAAAAAAAUAUAAUAAUAAAUAAAAAUAAAAAUAAAAAUAAUAUUAAUACUAAUAGUAAUAAUAGUAAUAGUAAUAAUAAUAAUAAUAAUAUUAAUAAUUAUGAUAUACAUUCUAGUGAAAUAAUAAAUUGUAAUGAUAUAUUAUUAUAUAUUAAAAACAAAUUACUCUUAACAAGUUUAUCAUUUCCAUAUUGUCAAAAUAUAACACAUGAAUUCUUAACAUUGAACAAUAUAUUAUGUGUAAUAAAAAAAUAUAAAAUUCAAUCUGACAUCCAUAAUUAUCAUAACAAUUUCUCUAUAUCUAAAAAUCAUAUAUCUUUCUUUUUAAUUGUAUAUAAAAGUUUUAUCAAAGAAAAUCAUGAUUUACCCUAUCUAUAUGAUGACAUAAAUUUUGAAGAACAAAAUAUUAAUACAAUUUUAAUGAAAAAAAAACAACAGGAUAUACAAAAAUUAAAAAAUAUAAUUAAUAAGAAAAAAAUCAAAUAUUCUUUUUACAAGCCAUUUACUAUAACUUACUUUCGUUAUUUUUUUUCUCACUUUCAUAAUAUAAGAUAUAUAGCAAAGGAUCAAAUUAAAAAUAACGAUGAAUUAUUGAAGCACUGGCAUAAAUUUUUGUGUCUAUAUGAAUAUAGCAUGGAUAAAAAAGAAAAUAAAAAUAAUAUAUAUAG